AGUUAGCCACUUCACUCUUACACUUUACCCAUGGGAUACUAAAUAUUUUCAGAUAAGUUUUAAUGGGUAAUUGUUAUCCUAUAAAGAGAGUUAUGUGAACAAUUAUAAGCUGCCAUGUGGAUGCUGAGAUGCUCUCUAGGCUAAGCAACACAUGCUUUAACUGCUGUUGCCCCACCCCAUCUCUGGGGCUUUUAGAAAUCUUCCCCAAGCUAAUCUGGCUAGAGUGAUUUUGUCUAACCUGGCAAAUGAUCUGGAUUUAUCCUCCCUCUAAAAAUGUUGUAAUUUGUUUGUGUUCUAUACUAUUAGUUUUUAAAAUUUCACUGUGACAGGCCUAAAUGCUAACCAGUCAUCAGUCAUGUUAGUAAUUUUGGGGAUGGGGUGUGUGUGUGUAUAGUUUAUUUGAAAAUCUGUACUCUUCUGUAGGGUGGAAAUAUUUUUUGAAAAUUUACUCUUCUCAUUUUUGUUGUCUGUCAAGUGGCUUUGCUUUCUUUGGAUCUUGUUUUUGUAACAAAGUUUCACAGUUUCACAUUGGAAUUGAAGUAGCUGUGUAGCCUUGGCUGAGCUUGAAUCUGCCUAUGAUUGCACUUUGCACUCACCUGAGUGCUAAGACCACAGUUGUGCAUCAUUAUGCCCAGCUCUAUGGUUUGUCCUGUUUUACACUUUAACAGGUGUCCUUGAUCUGUGAUUGUGUUGCUCUCAAUAAAGCCAUUGUAAGUUGUAAAGUGGCAUUAAGUUGAAAAUACAUUUAAAUACCUUCUCGGCCUUCAUAGCUUAGCUGCAUCUUGUACCAUAGAGUGUCAAUCAGUGUUGACUCUGAUCAUUUGGCUGAUGAUCACUGUAUGUUUUUAUUGUAUUUAAGCUCCAUUUUUCCCUUAACUUCCCCAAGAUCUAACUCCCAAUCACUCCCAACCAACUUUGUGUCCUUUUUCCCUCUUCUUUUAAAUAGCCCACUAAUUAUAAUUUGUGCUGCCUAUAUACUAAGAGAUGUUGGAUUGUCUGCCACUAAUAAUAGAUGUGGUUGCCCUCCCUACCAGUGACUCUCUUAAAUCAUUAACUUGUCAGUAGCUCUUCAGUUCUGAGUCUGGGCUUGUGAACUACUUCUGUUGUUCAGGAAUGGUGACUGUAUUAAUCUAGUGCAGUAAGCUGCAGCAGCACUAUGAGUUCAUGAGUGCAGCUCUCCUGACAAGUCCAGGAAACAGUUUUGUCCUGGUCUCUGUCUUUAGAAUAUGGAGAAUUCACCAUUAUUUCUUACCUCUGUCUGCAACUAUUCUUCUAGUAGACUAAACCAUUGUCUGUUAACCAGUCUAAGCCUUUCCCUACAUUACUGGGACAAUGGCCUCUCAUUCUCUUUACAUUAUUCAAAUACUAAAGUUAGAUAAUUUCUUACUGUUUUGAACAGAAAUCUGACUCCUCCUCCACUCAGAACCCCCUGGUGGUCUGUGUUCCACUCUCAGUAAUCAUCAGUGUCUUGCCUGACCUCACCUCCCUUCCUGUCACUCCCCUCUGGUACUCUGUUCCACCUGGACCCCUGUGUGUUGUAUGUCUCUCUUCUACACCUUCAUUCUCAUCUCCUCCCUGAAAUUUCCUUUUCUCCAUCAGAUAUAUGAAAACUGAACCAUUAUUACAUUUGAAGUCUGUGCUCAGGAAGUUCAAGGCUUUUUGUGUGAUGUCUGCAGCCAAUAUUUGUCUGUAUAUUUUCUACUUUUCUGGGGUUGUCGAAACCUUACCUAUUACGACUAUUUCCUUCACCUCCAUCCUGAAAUCAUUCAUCAUAUUUUAAGUGUACAGUAUCUAUGGUCAUUUCAGAGUAUGUACACUUGAGUAGAUGUGUCUCAUGUAUAAAUGAUAUUAUACAUAGUAUUAACACAUAGUAAUCUAAGGGUGAUAGAAUAGAGAUUUAAAUAUUACUAAUUUAACUGAAGUUUUGAUUUUUUUUUUUGAUACUUCAUUGAAUAAUUUGCAAACCAGUGCUACAUUUUAAGAUUUAGUCAGUUUUGUGUGGUUUUUUUUAAAAAUGGGCUCUCCAAAAGGAAAAAAUAAGUACAUACACAAAUGUUCUUAAAUUUGCGAUAGGGUUAUAUUCCAAUAAACCCAGGUCUCUAGUUUUUGUUUUUGUUUUUGUUUUCCUGAGACUGGUCCAUGAUCUAGCUCUGACUGUCCUGGAACUCACUAUGUAGACUAUUUCUGACUUCAAACUCUCAGAAAUACCACUGGCUUCUGGCUCUGCCUCCCUAGUGCUGGAAUUAAAGGUGUCUACCUCUAUGCCUAGCUAAACCCAUGUCUUUUGAAAAUAUUAAUCAUAAAUUCCACCUAGAUGUCAGGCAUGGUGGUGCAUGCUUGUGAUACCAGAUACGUAAGAGGCUAAAGUAGGAGAAGUACAAAUUCCGGGCUUACCUAGGUAGGCCAUUUAAGAUUAUCUCAGAAUAGAAAGUGAAAAUACUGGGGUUACAUCUCAGUGAUAGAAUACCAGCAGGAAGUCCUAGGGUCAGUCCCACAUACAGAAAACAAAAAUAGUCUAGCUUGUAACCUGCUUAGAUAACAUUAUUCAAUUUUAGCUGGACAAAAUGAUCUGACACAAGGUUUCUUCUCAGUGUAACUUAUGGUAGCAUACAGGACUGACUGCCUACUUUGGGGAUCAGAUGCCUUCAUAUCUGUGUCUUGCUGCUGCAGCUGCCCAAAUAACAAAGGAGAUUAUCUUAUACUUGUCAUAGCCUAAGAAUAUGUUAAUGGUCAUGGCACAGUGUGUUCUGAGUGUAUCAUUCUCACACCAUGUGAAGUUGAGUGAUCUGAAGCUAUUAAACAUCAUAAAGUGGGUGCUCCUGUACUUGAUGUGCAUCCUACUGGACAGGAAGCAUUGUGGAAGGAAGAUGAUUAGUAAAGAGGAGGAUUGGGAGUAGCAGGAAAGGAAACUCACACCCACCCAUUUUUCCCCACACCCCUCCUUGAAGGUAAGCAUCGAAAUGUUUUGUAUUAGUGUAGUAGUACAGAUAGUUUCAUAACUACAAACAUUUGAUGUUUGAAGUGGUAGUAUUAUGUGUGCAGUAUUUAUGUAUGUAUGUAUGUAUGUAUGUAUGUAUGUAUAGGACAGUAAUUAAACUGCAUGGAGUUCUGUAACUCUGCUCCAUUUAACAGGUCACAGAUACAAACACAGUAACAUAGUGAUUAUGAAGUUGAAGUUGUUAGGGUGUAAAAUCCAAGCCUUGCCCCUUUGUAGCUGAUACAAACCUUUCUUUGCCCUAAUUUCCUGAUUUGGAAAUAGGUGCAACAAUAGUCUUCUCUACUUCAACAUUAUUCUAAAGGAUGUGUUAAAAUAUUCAAGUUUUCUUUAUUGCUGGAUCUUUCCCUUGGACUCUGGAUGGUUCUUAGUUGUUCAUGUAAAGUUGGCAUGGGCACCACAAGCAAUGCAGGGGUCAUCUGCCUCACUGUUGAGUCCCUUGUUUCCAUGGGACUUGUUCUGUUAGACCAGUGUUCUCUUGUCUUCUGGGUAGUUUGCUGCCCUGUGGUGAACCAACUGGUUUGCAGACAGUGCUUAAUUGAGAAUAUGCUAUUCUUAACAUUGACUCUGGAUUCACGUUUGUUUUGUGAUCUUAAAUUAUAUUUGAAUUCAAAACCUUGUGACUUUUGUAUACUUUCUCCUGUUUGAAUUAAGAUUUAAGGAAUUAGAUUAGUUUAUAGGUAAAUGAUAGGGACAUUCAUAAGGAUACACACACACAUAACUGCUUUUUUUUCUUUUUUGGGGGGGUCAAGGGGAAGGGUUUGGGGUUCUUUUGAUUUGGUUUGUUGUUGUUGUUGUUGUUGUUGUUGACAGGGUUUCUCUGUGUAGCCUUGGCUGUCCUGAAACUCACUCUAUAGACCAGGCUGUCUUUGUAUGCAGAGAUCUACCUGCCUCUGCCUCCCAAGUGCUGGGAUGAAAGGUGUGCACUAUUACCACCUGACUCUUUUGUUUCUAUAAUUAUAAUCUGUACCAAUUUGACUAGCAAACCAAAGGCUAUAAUUUAUUUGUUCUCCGUGUUUUAUAAGACAAGGUCACCUAUAUUCUGAAUUCAUUUGGUAGUCAAGGCUGCCUUGAACUCCUUGCUCCUUCCCAAGUGCUGUUAUCACAGACAUGUGUCUCCAUGCCCAGCAAAAGCUGUAAUUUUUUAUAGAAUAAAGAACUGUUCUUCUGGACUGUGGAGCUAGGUCAGCAUGCGCUUAUAAUCUUAGGACUGAGAGAGAGGAUCCCAGGGGCUCACUAGUACACACAUUGAUAGGAUGAAUCUUUUUAAGAGGCUGUGGUGAAUUUUGUCUAUUAAUUUGCUUCCUUAUAAAUUGGAUAGUUUACCUGGCGAGUAAACCAGAGUAGAAACAAUUUUUUUCAAGCUAAGACCAAUAAUUUUUUGUUCUGUUUUGUUUUAAGUUCUUUGAGAGAUUCAAGUGUCGUACAAUGUGUGCUGAUCAUAUGCAUUGCAUCCAACUCCUCCCAGAUCCCAACCUUUCCUCUUCCACCCAGUUUUGGGGUAUCUUUAAACAUUUUUUUCCAAGACAAGUUUGUGCUGCCCAAAUAAUCUUAGAUUUGUAGUUUUCUACUAGAGCCUGUUCAGCUUACCAGGGGCUACAGCCUUAGAGAAAACCAGCUCUUCCUUUUCCAGUAGUUAAUAGUUCCCAGAGGUGAGAUUGUGUGCCUCAUUUCCUUUCCAUGUUGGGGUUUGUUCUGGCUUGGGCUUAGUAUCUCACACACUGUAGGAAUGUACUUGGUUACUCCCAUGAUGUUCAUCCACUGUUGUACUGAUACGUGCCUCUUGCUGCCGCUGGUUAUUAUUGUUCUUCCCAGAGCUCACAGCUGGACAGCCUCUGGUAACUUACAGCUACCUUCCAGCACUAUGAAAGCCACAGUAAGGACAGAACUUGCAGUUCUGAACCGGCUUGAUUUUAUCAUGUCCUAUGACUCAAUGUGAUGUCUUUAGCAGUAGGGUCUUACCAUCAAGUUCUGGAUGGUAACUAAAAGCAUUGGCCUAUAAUGUGGUGGUGGUGGUGGUGGUGGUGGUGGUGGUGGUGGGUCUUUGGGAACCAUUGGCCAAUAACUCCAAAAGAAGUAACUCAUUCCUGGCACUGAGUUUUUUAUUUGUUAGUCUCUGUUGUUGAAUAAGGGCAUUGUUGCCUAACAUGUUACAGGGUGACUCCUUUAAAAAGGAGUUAAAAUUAAAAUUAAAUUAAAAUUCUGUAUAUUUAGAAACGUCUGUGGUAGAUUUUCAUGUUUCUUUUUUGGAAAGGUCUUUAUAAAGUGUCAUUUGUCUCUCCUAUACUCACUCUACCUUAAACUCUGCUCCUUUGCCCCACAGUAACCUGUUCUGUUCCACUGUUUCCUUUACUAGUGCAUUCUAUCUCUUUUCACUUUAAAGUUCCUCUGUAUGACUGCUUAGUAAGUUCCUGACCUCUAUGGGUAUUCUAAAUGAAAUACACAUAUUUGAUGAUUCAAAGCUAAUGUCCAGAGAUGACAGAAAAUGUGGCAUUUGUCUUUCUAGGUCUGGGAUACCUCAGAAGGAUUAUUUCCAGCUCAGAAAUCAAUCAAUCUCUCUCUCUCUCUCUCUCUCUCUCUCUCUCUCUCUUUCAUUCAUUCAUUCAUAUUUAUUUAUUAUAUCAAGUACACUGUAGCUGUCUUCAGACACUCCAGAAGAGGGCAUCAGAUCUCAUUACAGAUGGUUGGGAGCCACCAUGUGGUUGCUGGGAAUUGAACUCAGGACCUCUGGAAGAAUAGUCAGUACUCUUAACCACUGAGCCAUCUCUCCAACCCAAGAUCUUUCAUGUAAAUCAUUUGAAACUUAAAUACCAGUUAGGAUAGUAGUAGUCCUCAAGUGAAUAGAUAAUUUCAACUUAGCUUCCAUUGAAACUCCCUGCUUUAUUUUUGGAAAAAUUAGCCACCUUAUCCUAAAAUUCAUAUGGAACUAGGAUCUAGAGGAAUCAAAACUAUUGAAAGAAUAAUGUUGGGAGUGUCCAGUUUCUGGAUUUGAAGACAUAAUACAAGUGCAUAGUGACUGUGGCCUAUGUAAAGUUAACCAUACUCUGAGGGACAGGACCAAAGUCCAGGUAGACGCACAUUCCAAUCAGGUGACCAUCUUUUUUGUUUUGUUUUUAAGCAAGGUCAAUAAAACAAUUUGGUGAAGCAAGAAUAGUCUUUAACAGUCUUUUACUGGGGCACAUGGGUAUCUAAAAAACUGAAGUUGGGGUCUUUCCAAAUAUCAAAACACACACACACACACACACACACAAAAAAAAAAAAACUCAGUAUGAAUCAAAAGACCUCACUUAUCGAUAUCAUUUAAGACUUUUAGGGGGAUAAUAAGUAUACAUAUGUGACCUUUAGUUAAGGAGUAGUUCCUUAGAAUACUAAAGUGGAGAAAGAAAGAAAUUGGACCUUAUCACAAUAGAAACUUGUGUUUCAAAGGAAAUUGCCUCACACACACACCAACAAACAAACAAACAAGCAAAGGUAAUAGGCAAAGCACCCAUAAAUGGAUGAAAACAUCUGAGAUGCACUCAGUGCUUUUGUAUCAAACCCAAGGCAGCAUGCACUAGUUUUUCCUCUUUUAAAACUGACACCAUUCUGAUUGGGGUUUUGUCACUGUUGUUUUUGAUUUUAGUGGUACUGAGGAGUGACUCUAGGUCCUCAGUGUACUAGGCAGGUACUUUGCUCUUAAGCCACAUCACCAGCCUGCAUCAUUUUACAUGGGUGUUCCGCUGGAGUUCCUUACUGUGUAAAUAGUCUUUAAGAGAUUUGUCGACUUCUCUGCCCUCUCCCUACAAAGAUAAUUCCAGGGCAGUACUGUCAUCUACUGAUACCAGAGGAAUGAAAUUUACGAUAAAGCAACUCAAUAUGAAGCUCCAAAAUUACAGUUGAGUGGACAAUAGGGUGAACAUACUUGCUUAAUUUAUGGAAUGGCUCUUCAGGAUUCCCAACACAUGAAGUAAAUAAUAGAAAGUUCCUUGGGUGUCAUGUGUCUCUGAUCAGCCAAUCAGAAGUCAGGAUUAUUUUGUAUGUAAUAAUAGAGUCUUUUUUGCAGAGGAGCUGAUAAGUAGGUAGGACUUACAGGACACAAGUAGUGGUUGCAGUGCUCUUAAUUGUAGAAGAGAAAACUGAUCUGGUGUGCCUAACUUUUCACAGUAUGAGUUCUUUCUUUAGAAAGGUGUCACCUAAUCUUUUUAGUUGUAGGUCACUAGCACUCUAAAGUUAAUAUUGAAGAUUGCUUUUACUUUUGAUGAGAUAAUUUAACAGGCUGUGAAAAUGCCAGUAAUUUUAUGAAAAUGUCUUCAAGGUUUUCAUCACCAUCUCUACCAGUUUUCCUCUCACCAGAGCCAGCUGACUUAGGCUCUCUGACAAGUGCUUCUUGUUCACUAAAUGAGCUGGGCAAUAUUUCCUACCUUUUGAGGAAAAUAGCAACUGAUAUCAAUGAAAUGAAAGGAAUGAAAGCAGCUAUUUUGACAGUGGAAGCAAAUCUUUUUGAUUUGAAUGUUAGAGUGUCCCAGAACGAAGCAAAAAUUUCAUCUUUAGAGGUUAAAAUGAAUGAAUAUUUAACAUCAACAUCUGAAUGCAACAGACAGUUGGAAGAUUUUCAAGAGAGACUAGAAUUUGAGUCACAGUCAGAGACUACUGAUGCAAACCUAAUUGGCUUCCUAACAGAGGUUGAGAAAGGAACUCAACAGAGGCAAUUGUUAUCCCGACUGCAAAUUGAUCCAGUAAUGGUAGAAACAAUGGAGAUGAGUCAAGAUUACUAUGACAUGGAAUCCAUGGUCCAUGCAGACACAAGAUCAUUUAUUCUGAAGAAGCCAAAGCUGUCUGAGGAAAUAGUAGUGACACCCAACCAGGAUUCGGGGAUGAAGACUGCAGAUGCCCUUCGGGUCCUUUCAGGACACCUUAUGCAGACACGAGAUCUUGUACAACCAGAUAAACCUGCAAGUCCCAAGUUUAUAGUGACGCUGGAUGGUGUCCCCAGCCCCCCAGGAUACAUGUCAGAUCAAGAGGAGGAGAUGUGCUUUGAAGGAAUGAAACCCGUAAACCAAACUUCAGCCUCAAACAAGGGACUCAGAGGUCUCCUCCACCCACAGCAGUUGCAUUUGCUGAGCAGGCAGCUUGAGGACCCAGAUGGUAGCUUUUCCAACGCCGAGAUGACUGACCUGAGUGUGGCACAGAAACCAGAAAAACUUCUGGAGCGCUGCAAGUACUGGCCUGCCUGUAAAAAUGGGGAUGAGUGUGUAUACCAUCAUCCCAUUUCACCUUGCAAAGCCUUUCCCAACUGUAAAUUUGCUGAGAAAUGUUUGUUUGUGCAUCCAAAUUGUAAAUAUGACACAAAGUGUACUAAAGCAGAUUGUCCCUUCACUCACAUGAGUAGAAGAGCCUCGAUACUGACUCCAAAACCAGUGUCGUCACCAGCACCGUCUUCUAAUGGCCAGCUCUGCCGUUACUUCCCUGCUUGUAAGAAAAUGGAAUGUCCCUUCUACCACCCAAAACACUGUAGGUUUAACACUCAGUGUACGAGACCUGACUGCACAUUUUAUCACCCCACCAUUACUGUGCCACCAAGACACGCCUUGAAAUGGAUUCGACCUCAGAGCAGUGAGUGAUGCCCUAGUCCUACCUGGCAGAAGAUCAUGCAGUUUGAAAGCUUCCAUCUUCUGAUGAGAGAUGUUCUACAGAACUUGUCACGUCUUUGAAAUUUAGAAUAUAUUGCUUUCAUAAUACGAAUUUUACUGCCCCACUGAAGUGUCUAAUUUUUCAAGUUUGUAAGUUUAUUAAGUGGUUUCAACAUUUUUUGUUUGUUCGUUUUGACUAUGAAAAAGACAGUUUAAAGAAAAGCCAAAUUCUAUUAAAACAUUUGCGGCAUGUUUGUACAUUGCUGUUUAAUAUCAUUUUUGGUAAUGGUACUUGCAGCUUAGGGCUGUAGUGCUGUGGGAAGGCCAGUGUCCUCAGAGCUGAAGCACUUUUCAGCUUUUCCCAAAGGUAAUGCAGUGUCUGUAACCCAGCGUGGUAACAGUGGCCAGGCUUUGAAACUGAGGCAGCUUUGGAACAACUAGUUUAAAUUUCUUUUUUUAGUGUCUAAAUGAAUUUGCUCUGAGAAGCAUAAUGCAGACUUUAUUUUGAGUGCUACUUUGGUAGAGUGGACCGAGGUCCUGUGCCUUUCUGAAAGUGAGCAGAGACAUGGUCAUAAAGGGUAAGCAUAGUUGGAAUGACGAUGUAAAAAUAUAUGGACAGUUCUUUGGAAUGCUCCCAUUUACUAUUAGCUUAUCAUUUUAUAAGUAAUUUUGGAGGGACUACAUUAUCACAAAAGUAUACAAAAAUUUUUACAGGCAUAUGUACAGAAAGUAUCAGAAAACAGACUUUGAACUCACAAGAAUAUAAAUAUACGUAUAUAUUCCCAUAUUCUGAAAAAUAUCAUCAGAAAUAACCCCACAGAAAAUAUACUUAUGUUAUUACUAAAGAUCAUUCUUGAAAUGUAGAAGUUGAGAUUUAAGUGGUAUAUUUUAAAUGACAGAACUAUAUUGCAGAGAUAGGAAGGUAAACUUGACAAUAGGAUGAAACUUGGCCUACUGUACUAUGGAGUUUUAUGUGUGGUUUUUGAAACUGUUAAGGCAAGAUGUGUCAUGUUUUAGAACUAAAUAACAGACAACUGAUUUCAAAAACGUGUUGUUUUAAAAAUUAAAGUGUAAACGGUGGUUAGCAAAGGGGAUAAUAAAAGCUCAAACAUUUUGAGGACCAAAUUUAACUGUUAAGAUACAAUAAAGUCACAUCUAUAAAAGUCUGUGUUUAA